GUGCCGAAGGGGGCCUUGGGCGCCGCGCCGGGAACAGGGAACCGGAGGACAUAUGAUUGCCUUUGCAUUUGCCACCAACAAAACCCAGCCUCAGAAGUCGCAGCCACGUGAUGCUGCAGAGUCGCAGUUCCAGGCAGUUUGGGAAGCAAGACUAAUUUAGGGGUCUCUGGCAAGAAGGCGAACGUGAUGACGGCCUGGUCUAUGGUGGAAAGGCUGAAAAUGGAGAAGAGGCAUUGCCCGGAAGAGAGGCCUCUGGAGCAGGACGGCGGGGAGUGCAGCGCCGAAUCGGAGGAAUGGACCAGCUCGGAAAGUGAGCCGGAGCAGCCCGGCGGCUUCAGGAACAGCACCAGCAACCCCCAGUGGCGGGAGAAAGAGCCCCCCCACAAGCCCCACCGGCAGCUCUGCCGCUCUCCGUGCCUGGACCGCCCCAGUUUUUCCCAGAGCAGCCUCCUCCAGGACCUGAAGCUGGAAGAGGACAAAGCCAACCUGAACAAGGAGUACCAGUCCAAAAUCGACUUCGCUUUGAAGCUGGGCUACGCCGGAGAUCAGAUCCAAGCUGUGCUUUCAAACAGAGCUGGGGAAUGACAGCUCAUCAAUGUUUAUUUUAAGCAGAACUUACAUGCGGCUUAGAGACAAAGGCGGAGGAGAGCGAAGGACAAACCAGCACUAGGAGGCACAGCCAGCAGCACUGAUUCCCUCUAGAGGACCAAGGGGAGGCCAGCCAGCCCGGAACUAUUAAGCUGGAGAGACGAAGUUGUAGACAGCUCAACAACCCUAGAGCCAGUGGUCAUUUAGCAAGGCUCAGCAUUAGCCAUGAGCCAUGGGAACAAAGAAGGAUUUUCCUGUCGGGGGAUCCAGCUGGCUGUCGACUGGUUUCUGGAGAAAGGUCACAAGGACAUUACGGUAUUUGUGCCUGCUUGGAGAAAAGAGCAAUCCCGACCAGAUGCACCAAUAACAGAUCAAGAAAUUUUACACAAGCUGGAGAAGGAAAAAAUCCUUGUCUUCACACCAUCUCGGCGAGUCCAAGGCAGAAGGGUCGUCUGCUAUGAUGAUCGCUUCAUAGUGAAACUGGCUUAUGACUCGGAUGGCAUCCUAGCAGUGUCCAAUGACAAUUACCGCGACCUUCAGAAUGAAAAGCCAGAAUGGAAGAAAUUCAUCGAGGAACGGCUGCUGAUGUAUUCUUUUGUGAAUGACAAGUUUAUACUUACUCAGCUUGUUGACCGUUUAGAGUAUGGCCCCAGCUAACUGAAAGUGCCAAGGAAGAAGCCCGUUAUUCCGGAACACAAAAAGCAGCCGUGUCCCUACGGGAAGAAAUGCACGUAUGGACACAAAUGCAAAUAUUACCACCCCGAACGAGCAAACCAGCCGCUGAGAUCUGUAGCAGAUGAACUUCGCAUCAGCGCCAAAUUAUCUGCUGUGAAAACAAUGAGCGAAGGAGCGUUGGCUAAAUGUGGCACGGGGACUUCUCUUUCCAAAGGAGAAAUUGGUUCAGAAGUGAAGCGCAUCGCUCCCAAACGUCAGUCAGAUCCAAGCAUCCGUUCCGUGCCCGUGGAACCCGAGGAACGACUGUUGAUGAGCCGGAAGCCAGAGGCCAACUCUGUUCCUUCCCUUGUCUCUGCGUUGAGCGUGCCAACCAUUCCACUUUCCAAAAGCCAUGCCGUUGGGGCAUUGAAUACCCGCUCGGCAAGCAGCCCUGUGCCAGGGUCAUCUCAGUUCCUCCAUCAGAAGUCCUCCUUGGAACACAUGGCCAGUGUCCAGUACCCUCCCAUCCUGGUCACCAAUAGCCACGGAACUUCCAUCAACUACACAGAACAGUACCCGAAAUACGAGUCUCUAGGAGAUCCUGGCUAUUACUCUAUGCUUAGUGAUUUCUCCAACUUGAGCAUUAGCAGUAUGCACAGCACAGAUUAUUAUGGGACUGACGUGGACCAAGGAAUCUACUCAAGGAACUCUAGUCCCUGUCCAGAAAGUUGCUUAAGCCACACAAGUAACGAUUCUUAUUCUUCGUACACGGACUUGUACCUGGGUGUCGGAGACGCGGGUCCAGAAGACGGCGUCAAGGUGCAUCGACUUCCCCCACAAAGUCGUCUCCAGCCGUUUUCCCACGGCUACCACGAGAACUUAACGAGAGUCCAGAGCUACGGCACUGAAGGGUCGAAGCACCUGCCUCGCAAACAUUCCGCAUCCCAUUUAGCGCUGCACGUCCAGCAUCCGGUCGUCGGCGCGCGGUCCAGUUGCCCAGGGGACUACCCCGUGCCUCAGAACGUUCACCCGUCAGCCGCUUCCCAGCCAAGCCGCGCCCUUGUCAUGACGAGGAUGGACAGCAUUUCCGAUUCUCGGCUUUACGAAAGUAACCCCGCUCGGCAAAAAAGGCCGCCCCUUUGUCGAGAGCAACAUGCCAGCUGGGACCCCUUGCCGUGUGCAGCUGACGCCUACGCCUACCAUUCCUAUCCCCUGAGCAGCAACCUCAUGCAGCCGUGCUAUGAGCCCGUGAUGGUGAGGAGUAUGCCUGAGAAGAUGGAACAGCUCUGGAGGAGUCCUUGGGUGGGAGUCUGUGGGGAGCCCCAAGAGCCCCACAUUAUCCCAGAGCACCAGUACCAAACGUAUAAGAAUCUGUGCAAUAUUUUUCCUCCCAGCGUCGUCCUCUCCGUGAUGGAGAAGAAUCCCCACAUGACAGAUGCGCAGCAGUUGGCAGCUAUGAUCGUUGCCAAAUUGAGAACGGGGCGUUAGAACAAGUAUUUUGAGUUCUCCUUGAAUUCCGAAAGAUGAAUAAUGAACACACAGUGCAAUUACUCUGGAGGAGAUCUCCAUUAUCCAAAAGAGAGCCUCCGCUUGUAAAUAUUUUCUAACCGCAGAAUACAACUCUGCAUAUUGUUGUAGCAAUUAUAUUUAAUAUAUAUGUGUGAAGCAUUCUGUAAAAUCAGAUUGUGCUAUAAAUAGAACUAUUUAAAAGAUUUUUACAGCGGCGAUUUUUUAAAAAAGGCAUUUUACAGGAAAUGCAAACCUUAUGCAUGGAUGUAUCAUUGCUGAAUUCGAAAGGUCAGGUGUUGGUAUGUCUGAGACAGAGUAUUCAAACUAUCAGCAAUUAUAUUGCAUGAGUCAGUGUAUAGUUUCAGUAUUAACUGCCAUGUUGCUUUGUAACAAAAUUGGGCUUUUAAAAUAAGCCCUGCGCCCUUGGAAAACCCUCAUAGAAAGGCAUAUUGUCUGUCAGGCAUCCAUCUUCAAAGAGCGACAGCAACACAAGCCCAGUCAGGUGACUGGAUGGCUCCACGAUCUGCCCACAAGAGCAGUGGCUGUCCACUCCACAGGCUCCAGUGUGUAUUUUGGAGAAGGGGCCAUCCAGAUCACAUUCCUGACAUGGGGGGAUCUGCGUUGUGGGAAUUUCCGUUUACUCACAAGAAGCAUUGCCUCACCUUAGAAAGAAUAAAGUGAUGGCCAGUGUGCAUCUGGGGCCCACAGUGUCCAUAUUGGACAUAUUGUAGCCUGUGCUCUUUGAGUUUGGAACACGUGCAGCCAAUGGCAGGUAACAAGAUCCUUCGCUGUUGGCUGUCGUGGGUUUUCCGGGCUGCGUGGCCGUGGUCUUGUAGUUUUUGCUGCUAGUGUUGUGCCUGCAUCUGUGGCUGGCAUCUUCAGAGGCAUGUCAUGCUGAGAUUUUUUUUUUCUCUUGUGGCAGCAGCACAUCUUACCUUUACAUAUCUCUGAAGGUGCCAGCCAUAGAUGUGGGCAAAAACCGCCAGACCACGGCCACACAGUUGGGAAAUCCACCACAACCAGUAGAUUCCGGCCGUGAAAGCCUUCAUCUGUCCUUUGACACUUGAAAAUGUGCGCCUUUUGAAAGUUGCGUAUUAAAUUUCUGAUCUGGGGAGCCUACUCACUUUAGACGACCGUUUGACCACACCAGUCGGGAAUCGGAGGCGUUUUAACCAGUCCAGGUUAAAUUCUGUGUCCUUGCCAAAAGGUUUAGGUGUCUCAACCAAAAAGGUACAGAGCAAAUUUUGUGCCUAAUGGAUGCUGAUGUCUGAAUAAGCAAAUCAACCCCCCCUCCCCCGCAUUUUUGGUUGAUCAGCAAAUCAGGCUUAUCUGGGAAAGGGAGUCUGUGACUUCUUGCCAAAUUUCUUCAGUUUUGCACUUUAAAAUCCAUGCAAAAGUGUGCGUGCACUUCCUGGACCUCUUUCUGACAGGGCAAAAUUAGAUUAUACCCUGCUGUGGGUGUGUCGUAGUUUGUGCCAACGGGUGAAUUAUUGCCUUCAGGGGCUGGCCACUUUAUGUUGGUCAAUUGCAUGAUCGAGGGGCAUCAAUGGGUGUUGGUGGCUUUUAUUUUCUUUUUGUAAGGCUGCACUGAGUGGGACCCCCUUUUUAAACCCAUGUGUAUUUCCGCAUUUUUGAACCACUACUAACUCGAUACGUCUCGAGCUAGGACUUGUUGACUUCUACUGUAGUUUUUUUUCAUGAAAGUGGAGAAGGCCCGGUUUACGGCCUUUUGUUUCUUCAUGAGAAGGUGUGACACUGCCUAAAUGUUUCUUACUAUGAAACACACGGAACGUGAGGCUGCAGUCAGGGUUGUUUCUGGUGUUUUGAUAACGGCUUGCACGCUGCUUUUCUGGUUAUUCGUUCAUCCCAUGGCCAAAAUCCAAACACAAACUGUCCGAAAGAGAUUGUGCCCUGUGCUCAGGUGCUCCUUUGCCUUGUGCCAACUGUGUGCUUUGGGGAGGUUCUGUGGAGGGACCGACGGGCAGGAAGUCAGGCAUCUGACCAGCUACAGGUGACCCGAGCUAGGCCAAUAUGGAUCCAUUCUGCUAGGGCCAGUGGUGGCGAACCUUUGGCACUCCAGAUGUUAUGGACUACAAUUCCCAUCAGCCCCUUCCAGCAUGGUCAAUUGACCAUGCUGGAAGGGGCUGAUAGGAAUUGUAGUCCAUAACAUCUGGAGUGCCAAAGUUUUGCUACCACGGUGCUAGGUGCUUCCUCCUGGUGUGAGGACCCUUUGUUGAGCCUUUAGCUUCAAGGGGAGGCCCUUUGCUCCUGGGGAAUGGAUCUGCAGGAUUAACCUCCCCCCCAAUAUGUCUUCAUUGAGAUGGGCACAAGACUGGUACUCAAAGCAAAAGACUAGACCACUUUGACUGCGAAAAGUUGCCUAGCACAAGGGACGGAGUGCUUUUAAAUAGCCACGGCAGAAGUGUGCUACUGGUAUUCACACCACAAGCUGUAGUUUUAACACUUGAGCCACUGUAGGACGAUGUGGGUUGGCAUCCCUCAUUGAGGGUGACCAUCCGGAACACCAGCUGUUGUAUCCGGUCUUUGAGGAAGGCACAGCGGUGGCUCCGAUUGGCACAGUACUUGAACUGGCACACCGUCAUCCACAGCGACUUCCAGAAUACUUGACAUUUCAAUCUGGAUUUUUGCUUGUUUUUUUAAAAAAUCCCUUCAAGCCAGAUUUCUCAACCAGUUUGUCGGGAUGUGAUCUCUUGGCCAUUCACUUACAUUCUACUCAAAGCAGCUGACAGCAAUGCCUCAAAUAACCAGAAAUGACCUUUUGUUUGUUGAUACAAAUUGUAUCUCUUUCUUGAUUGUAUAAAAUAAAUGUACAAAAGCCAUCUCUAGGUUAGCUUCGAUAUUGUACUUUCAUCACUAUGUUUGUGACACUGUGUGUCACACAGAAGUGGCCCAUGGAGGAUUAUGAAUCUUUUUAUUUAAAAUGGGCACUUUACAGUUUCUAGAAGAACAAAUACAACUUUUCAAAUCCACUUUAUUAAUGUAACGUGCACAAAGUCUGUGCAAUUAACGGCACCAGAUGGUGCAUAAGCUGUCUUAAGUCUAUUUAUGAAAUGAAUGCAUUCUUGCAAAUGGAUUUCUCUCUUUGUAAAAUGUAUCAGUGUUAAUAAGGUAGAUGUUGAUAUUUAUAUCCAGUGCUCUUAACAGUAAAACUGCUGUAGAUCCUGCUUUGGUUCUCGACGGAGAAUUGCUACGGCGUAAUUUAAGUUCAGCGUGAACAUUUAUUCACCCGCACCUUCUAGCAUGGAUUUGUGUUUUUGUAAGUAUAAGAACAGAUGUUUCCCUUUUUACUCGGGCAAGGGAUUCAGGAGGAGUCCCUCAGCAAGUGCUGAGCAGAAGUGACUGCAUGAGUUUUUAUUGGGGAUGUUUGCUUGUAACCACCUUGUCGUACACUUCUGAAUAUGUGGAGAUUUUUUUCAAACCUCUUUUGAGAGCUUUUGUUGGGAAGAAAUGUUGGUCUGGAGAGGUAGUGGCAGAGCAGAACUGCAGCACGCCUCUUUCUGAAACUCCUCUCCCUAAACUGAUCCCGCGGUUAUUUUUCUGCCCAAAGAUUCUGUUUUUACAGGACUACAAUUCCCAUCACCUCUAGAAGGAGCCUGCACAUUUCCGCCUGCUGUUUGUUUUUCUUCGAGAAACUUUUCUGCCAGGUUUUGUUCUGCGUCUUCCGGUAAUGCCCUUCUAUCCAUGCUUUCUCUAUAUACCAGGUUCAGACAUUUUCACUGGCUUGCAUCUCUUAAGUACUGGAAUUUCUUCGCAUAGAAGGGAUGAGCCGCAAAAGUCACUUUUACCAAUACGUUAACACCAGACUUUGCUUUAAAAUGCUCUUUUUGAGAGUACAGUAUUCAAUUUUUAAAAAUUGUGUAACAAAACAGCUUCAGAAUGUGUCUCUACAUAGGUUUUAAAUAGCCCAGUGACCAGAUAACAGUAAUUCCUCAUUCAUCAAAUAUUAAUUUGAAAUUUGAGUUUCUGUAAUUUAUUGAAAUAUAUGUUUUCAGUUUGCUACUUGGCUGAGUUGUGUCUGGAAAACGCCAAAAGGGUAUUUAUUUGAAUGUGAUCUUAAGUUAGGUGCUUUUUGUAAAUAGUAACUGUUUCCUUGUAUGGUUUCUGCUCGUACAUGUUAUUUGAAUACUGUUAGUCCUGUUGAUGUAUUAUUGAGCUACAGUAGUUUGCUUUCCUCAUUUGUAGGAUUAAACAUGACUGUUUAAUUGUUGUAAAAAAAAAUUAUAAGAUCUCUUUGGGUUCUUUGGUUGACCCAAAUAUAAUGUAAGUCUCAAUGACAAAGAGUGAAGAUGGGUUUAAAAGCCAAUUGACCUGACCCAGUACGAACGAGGCGUGUGUAGAAGCUGGCUUCUGUGCAUGCGGCCACAUUGGAUGGUGGAGCUGUCUUGGGGUGUUCAUUCAUCCAGGGCUUACUGAACUUCCUGGAUGUGCCUUUCCAUCCCGAAGGCGAUGCGCGCCACCAUCCAGGGCCACUGUUGGUCAUGCGCAGCUAGAGCGGGGUCAGGGCCAGCACGCGGUGUGGUCUGUGAAGUUUCCUAUUUUUUGUGCAAUGCUUGAUUUACAGAUGCAUGCUUGAGUCAUUCACUGGCAUGGGCGUGCAGGCUGCCUUUUAAAAAAGUGUUUUCUAAAAGUUAAGUAGCCG